UACCUCACUUCUGCUGCUUGUAUAAAAGUCGACGUGUUAGUAGAUUCACCGAACAGUGUGAGAGCAACGCUUUGUGCUCUUUAUUUGGAGCUGCUCGACGCAGGCUCAUACAUGCGUUCACAAAACCAAAAUCCUUCAUCACUGCCAUGCCACAUGCCAACUCUGGUCAAUUCCCCAGCAAGAGAGAGACUCCACAGCAUGGACACUGAGAAAAAGAAACAGGCACCAGUGAGAGAAGCGAGCCUAAAGUCUCGGCUGCAAUGCAGAUCAUUUCAAGGAUCAAGCACGAGAGGGCUUUGUUUCGAAGAUCUAUCCCAGUGGUCACACUCCCUCGAGAAACUUAUAGCAUCGAAAUAUGGAACAAAAAUAUUCCAGGCCUUCCUGAAGUCGGAAUACAGCGAUGAAAACAUGGAGUUUUGGUUGGUAUGCGAGGAAUACAAGGAGAUCAGGUCCUCCUUCAGGAUGAAAUCCAAGGCAAAACAAAUCUUUCAACAUUACGUACAGGCCGAGGCGCCCAGAGAGAUUAACAUUGAUCACAAGACCAGAGAGCUGAUCAGGCGAAACAUGAAGACGGGCGGCGCGAGAUGCUUUGAUGAGGCCCAAAGGAUCGUUUACGGGCUAAUGGAGAGAGAUUCCUACCCCCGCUUCCUCAAGUCUGACGUCUAUCGGGCUUUUCGGGACUCCAUCUGAUUCAGUGAUGACAUAGAAACACAUAUCGCGUAUCCGAUAUGUUUGGAUUUUAAGCGAAAUGCUUCACCGCCUGCGUGGAGGUGAACAUCCUCACUAUGGGAGUGCCGGACACUAGUGACUCUUAAGCAUUGUUCUCUCCGUAAAGGAAUAAUAUUUGCUCUUGUAGUGGCUCUCAUUAAAUGAUGUGAGUCUGACUAUUUCAAUGACUGACAUGUUUUUGAGAUUUAUCAAUGCAUCUUAAAGUUUUGACAUUUAUCUUUGCUUUCCUACAUUUUUCUUCAGUCAUUGUUACCCUGUGACCCUUCUCAAUAAACGUAAUAAUGGAUGUGA